UGGGCUGAAGCGUGGGACGCUUGAGGUUCCUCCUCCCCCACAGUCACUGCUGCUUCUGCUUCAGCCUUGCCACAUGCACCAUGCAGCCCCCUCAUCUCCUCCUCUUCCUCUUUCUCCCUCUCCUCCUCCCUGGGAUGCAGGGAGACCCAGAGGCGCAGACACAAGUUUUCCAGCUGCUCCAGACCAGCUCCUUCACCAACAUCAGCUCUGCUGAGGUGUCCGGGGUGGCCUUCCUGGGGGACGUGCCCAUCUAUACACUGGAUCCUGCCAACUGGAGCAUCCAUUUCUACUGGCCCUGGGCCAGCCAGGCUGCAGCUGAAGGUGAUGUAGGGAAGAUCAAAUCCCACUCCAAACUCUUUCUGCGCAGUAUGGUCCGAUUCGUGCAUGAAACAGCCCAGCAGGCGCAACUGGACUAUCCAUUUGUGGUCCAGGUCCGUGGGGGCUGUGGGCUGUACCCCAAUAGGACAAGCUGGAGCUUCAUGGAUGUCGGGGAGAGCGGCAGAGACCUUAUAACUUUCGAGAUGGAGAGGCAGCGCUGGAAGCCCCAGCAGUCAUCCCUGCUAGCAGAGUUGGUCAGCAAGUCCCUCACCAACAAGGCCAUCAUAGGGCUCCUGGAGCACAUCCUCUCCAUUUCCUGCCAGAGCCAUAUCCUCAGCUUGUGCAGGUAUGGGAGAGCUGAUCUGGAGAGACAAGGAAAGGUAACGAAGCCACAUGGGAGACCCAGGAAUCCAUCAUUUGAGGCCUGGCUGCCCACACAGCAACAAGAUCCAUCGCUGCCAAGUCUCCCUGCUCAUCUCAUGUCCCAUCCUGGACCUAUCAGCACCAACAAGGGUUUACUCUGGAAAACCACUACAUUAAAUAGCUACAAACUUUCCCAGCUGCAUGUGGCUCUCACCUUCCUUCCUCAUCACGAGGUCCUCCCAGGAAACACCCCAAUGCACUGCAAAGACCCCAUAUAGCGUCCAAGAAGACUAUCCCUUUUCCUGGGCACUGGCCAAUCUCUCCUGGUGUGUCAGGAGAAGCAAUUCCUUCGCCAACCUCUCCCACAUGUCAGCAUGUCUGUGGCCAGGGUCUGUCCCUGGCAGAAGGGCAGUGACAGCCUGGAACAGACCAGCAUGGGGCUGCUGAGUGGGAUGAAGGAUGGAGCACGCCACAAACCAGGGAGAAAUGGAGGGAUCUGAGCUGUUUUGCUGGGGAGAGAAGGGAAAGGAAGGACCCAAGUGACACCUCUGAUCCCCUGACAUGGGGAGGUGUUUCAAGUGGGUGUGAAGUCACUCUGGCUCCAGUGCUGACCUCACUCUUGGGAUUGUUUUGGGUCAGGAUCUCCUCCACUCCUGACUCCUGACCCUGCAAAAGCUGGAGGGGUUGGGGACAGUCACCCUCCCAAUAUAUCUGGCAGCCAUAAAAGAGCUACACUGAGGUUCUGGGAGGACUGUGUCUUUGAGAAACAUGCUCCCAAGAAGGGUGGUGUGGUGGGUUGACCUUGGCUAGCUACCAAGUGCCCACCAAGCCACUCCAUCUCUCCCCCUCCUCAAAUGGACAAGGGGGAGAAAAGACAACAAAAGACUCGUGGGUUGAGGUAAGGACAGGGAGGUCACCCAGCUUGGGGAAAUCAUCUAUCGCCAAUCAAAAUCAGAAUAGGAUAAUAAGAAAUAAGAACAAAUAUUAAAAACACCUUCCCCCCACCCCUCCCUUCUUCCCAAGCUUAACUUCAUUUUGACUUCUAUACCUUCUCCUCCCAAGUAGCACAGUAGGAUGCGGAAUGGGGAUUGCCAUCAGUUUAUUACACAUUUUCUCUGUCACUCCUUCCUCCUCACCCUGCUCUGGCAUGGGGGCCCACUCAUAGGAGACAGUCCUUCAUUAACUUCUCCAGUGUGGGUCCUUCCCAUGGAGUGCAGUCCUUCAGGAAUGGGCACAAGUGACAGCAAAGGAUAUUCCCAUCAGGGACAGCGGGUGCAGCCCACAGCCAGGCAGCACUCCCCCCUGCAUCAGGGGUAGAAAAGAGGGGUGGCACUGCCCCAGGUGUCAAGGUGCCAUCGUGACCAUGGGCAACCCCACCUGCAGCCAGGGUAUGGCCUUGCUCCUGCCCAAAUUCUCCCAGCACUUGAGGCCACAAGCCAUGGUGCCGCGGCACAACCUUCCUGUCCUCCUGUGUCACCCCACAGGCAAGGGGCUCUCCUUUACCUGCCCACCCAGGUGUGUGCCCUCACACCCUUCUUCAUCCCCCUUCCCACUGUGUCCCUAUCCCAUCCCCGGCCCCUUCCCCCACCUUCAACGUCCCUCCCUCUCCUCGCACAUCCCCAGCCCUGCUGCUGGCCCCAUUCCCUGCUCCCCUUCCCCAGCCCCACCUGUCCCUCCUCUGAUUUUACACAUGCGGUGAGGUGGAACUAAGUCAAUUAUUGUGUGUCAAUUGGCACUUAACAAGGUGUCCAUUCAGGAAGAUCAGUUGGGCCCAACUGUUCAGCACAGAGUGGGGAGGAUUCGGUACAGAUACAGAUUUAGGGGCACAGAUGUGCGGGAGUCUUCCUGCCUCCGCUGAAGCAACACCAGGCUACGAGACUCCCACUUCACCCUGGGCAUCACUCAGUUGGGUCUGCUUGUUGCACUGCAUCUAUUAUCUGUUUUGUGAGACAGACGUGCUGCUCAAGACAAACUCCUGACUCCACUUAGAGCUGAAUACAGUCAUUGAUGGUUAGGUCGGGAUAGCAGGGGGAGGGAGAGCACCACUACACGGACAUAAAGUUUCUUUUGAUGGUUCUAAGUUGCCUUGUUGCAGUGUCAUUAAACCUUACAUGGAAUAGUAGGAUAAUCUGUAGGGUUCACCAGGCUUGGCAUUGCCAAUGAGAGCUGGUGGGCAGCAAAUUUCUCUGCAAAAACUUUCUAGACAGCCAAAGGGUGCCUCAGUGCCCCUCAGCAAGGAAUCUGCAAUUACCAACACUUUGUGGGCUUUUGCCCCUGCCCCUCCUUGCUCCCCUGUUUGCAAUGAUUCUGCAAUGAGCCAGGAGGCAUUUUAGGAAUAGUGCAGUGAAAACAGAGCUAGCAGUGCUAAUCUAACCCAAGAGCGGGAUGUUCUUGAAGUGGCAAAAUGUGUGCUGUUUUGUUUUCUCCAUGGGAGGAUUUUAGGAGUCCAUUUUUGCUCUCGGCUUCUUGUUCCCUAACAUGGAUUUACUGCGAUGUUGUAGAGUUGGAGCCUCCCCUCCAGCGCACCAAGUUCUAGGGCGGAGAAGAAGCAGCACAAACCCCAGUUAGCAAACACACAAUGCACUAAAGUGUUUAUUUCCAGAUAAACAAAUCAAAUCAAAUGGAAAAAAGGCAUAGAUGCUCUCAGGGCAUGUGAAAUGCAGUUCAUCAGACCCAUUCCAUCAAAAGGGAACAAAAGUAAGACCAAGUGUGAAUCAGCAUGAUGGUUCAAUAUAAUUUAUUUCUGGUUUUGAAAACUCCAAAAAGACAUCUGAGCAGUUUGUUUCUCUUUCUAUAUUUCUAAAUAGAUGCAAGGUAAGAAUGAGUUAUUGACUAAAAAUAAAAAUAAGCCUCUUAUCUUUUUGUGUCCUUAAGUAGAAAGUGGGAUGUGCUGCAUUAAUCAAGCCUUGAUUGGAAGCCCUGUGUAAGUUGGGUGUACUGAAAAGAAAGAUCUGAUAAAGCUCUACUUUCUGCAGGCAAUUUUCCCUCUCUCAGGAAAUCUUCUGCAAGAGACAUAAGCCUUUUAUAAGAAACUGUCACAAGCAGUAUCUUUGGUGGGCUCUUCCUUUCUCUGUACACAUUAAUCAAAUUGUGAUUUGCCAAGGCUUACCUCAGACACCUCUUAACUUUGUGGUACCUAGUGCAGCACAGUAAAACAACAAAGUAUUAUGGCCCCUAAAUACUUUCUAGUGUUGUCUAUUUCACCGUGCAUGUGCUCAGACCACGUAUCUAAGUUUUGUCCCAUUAGAGCUAGACUUUUCUAUUUUGGCACUAUUGGUAAUGGCCUGCUGACGGGAGCUGUUUCAGUUAAUAGAAAUUACAAAGGAGCAGAGGAGUUGCCAGACUGUAUCUCCUCUGCCUCGCGACACUGCUCUUGUAUACCAUCCACCACGUCAGCUCAGGGGUCCUGUCGCUUGGAUUUGCCAAUACCAUGGUAAAUCACAGCAAGCCUUCUAAUUCUAUGAGGAAAGCAAGCAUGAGCCCUGGUUACCUGUUGUUUUUUCUCCCCCCCCUUCCCUCAAUGCUGUGCCACUAUCAACCACGUAUACAAAUCAUCAAGAUUAAACCAGCUUUGGGGAGAAUCCUUCCUCAGUUCUUAUGACCCCUCUUGCACGGGGUUAUACAUCGGGGGUGUUUGUGCUGGGAUCCAUCCAACUGCACGCAGUGGUUUGUCAGUCGUUGUGUCCAUUAAAACACGCUGGUGAGAUUAGUCCGUGACAGCUGCCAAGUAACAUUCAGGGGUUUGGCUUUUUAAAAAUGCUUCCUGCAUUUGCUUUUACCAGCUUAUACAAUGAUGAUGGCUGUGCCGGGGCAAGGCGUGACAGCUACUUACUGAAGUUAACCUGGGAUGGGAUGGUAAAAGCCUUGUUGCAGCCGGCUGGUUUUGAGAGCGCUGCGACAAUUGGUGCCCCGCGUGAGGAUCGACCUCGGGACCAUCAGAUUAUGAGACUGAGUGUAGUGAGCGAUGACAGUGGUGACGGCUGUGCCGGGGGACAUCUGAAGUUUUGAACAGUGACGGCGGUGCCCAACGUAGCGGAGACAGGCAGGGAUAGCCUGCAAUCCAGAUCACGUUGAGAUAGGCGGGAAGAGCCUGGGGAUCUGGAUCAGACGCCGGUAAAGGUGAGCCGUUGGGAUCAAGAAGGAAGCCUGACUGCCGUGGAGUUAAGAGGCUGAGGGUAACGGGCGAUAGCGGCAGAGUACACGGCCAGACAUGGCAGCGGCCCGCAGCAGCGGUGAGUCCAGAGACGGGUCCGGCCAGACAGCGGUGAUGGCUGUGCUGGGGGAAGGCGUGGAAGCAGCACGGUGCCGCGGGCGGCUCCUGCCAUUGCUGCUGCUGCUCCUUGGCCUGGUGGUAUUCUUGCCGGUGUUUAUGUGCUUGUUGAAGGUGUCUCCACUUGUAGAAGAAAUGGGUGACCACAAGGAUGUUGAAAAGUUUUUCAGGACACAGAAUAAUGUAUUAGUGCUGUAUUCUAGAUCUGCUGCUGUUGAAAGCUCAUUCAGGUUACUGUCCGGUGUGACCCAGGAGGUGAAAGGACGACAUACUAUAAGCUCAUUAGAACUUCCCUCUGAAGAAAACAAAAUCCCAGAUGUCAAGAAAGCAGAUGAGAAGAAAGGUGAUCAGCCCACAGAAGCUGAAAAGCCCAAGAUAAAAGUGAAGAAGAAAUAUGUGUAUGAGUUCAGGGACAAAUUGUCUGGACUGUAUGAGAAGUUUAUUUGUGAAAAGGUUGUGCUGAUUGUUAAAUACAUAAGGCAUGAAAUGUUAAGAAGAAAAAAAGAGUUCAGGAACAAGUUGUCCGAACUGUAUGAAAAGUUUAUUUGUGAAAACGUUGUGAUGAUUGUUAAAAACAUAAGGUAUGAAAUGUUAAAAAAAAAAAGGGAGGGGGGGAAUUGCAGAGAAAUGAAGCUGGGUUAAUUAACAUUGAUAUUACACAGCUGUGGGCUGGCUUCAGGGGCGGUGGGCUGGCUGAUGUGGAUGGAUAAUGUGCAGCUGUGGCUGGUUCCUGCUAAGUAGUUAAAUAGCUCUAAGGGGGAUAGAAGAAAAGCCCUCAAGGAAGAGAGACCUGGAAAAAGUAGAAGGAGGAGAGAGUGUGUGUGCCCUGGAUGUAGGAGACAAGGAGGAGGAUGCAACAGAGGCAAUAAACGGAGGGGCUGGCCUGAAGAGUAUGAAGAAACAGCACAAACAGUAGACAAACUGUUGAAACCUUGUGGGGAAUUGAUGGCUGUGGUGGAGCAAAGUGUGACAACUACUUACUGAAGUUAAUCUGGUAAGCUGAUGGUAAAAGCCUUGUUGCAGCCGGCUAGUUUUGAGAGGGCUGUGACACAAUGGGACCAGUAUAACUUGGUUGUUUGACAUGGAUCAUAUCACUCGGUAAGAUGCUCUAAUAUCAUUCAACUUUGUAAUUUUGAAAGUAUUACAGUGUUACAUGUCCUUGUUUAGAGAUGUUGUAACCUAUUAUGCUCCUUAUCAUCUAUCAGUAAUAGGUCCUUAAGAUACAGAGUCUCUGCAGCUGCAGUUGUAAUGAAUCAAUCUGUCACACCUUUUUAGGUGUGGAGGUCACUAAAUUUUUAAAAGGUGUAGGUAGGAGGAUCUUGGGAGCUACUGAUCUUUCAGCCUUUCCUCUGUGCCUGGAAAGCUCCUAGAAGCUAUUCUAAGGCAUGUGGGGGACAGGGAGGCGACUCAAGACUGCCAGCAUGGCUUCACCAAGGGCAAGUCUUGCAUGACCAAGUUAGUGGCCUUCUAUAGCAGAGUGACUAUGUCAGUAGACAAGGGAAGAGCUACAGAUGUCACAUAUCUGGCCUCCUGUAAGGCCUUUGACACAACAUCCUUCUCUCUACAUUAGACAGAUAUGGAUCUGAUGGGAGGACUGUUAGACGGGGAAUUGGUCAGAUGGCUGUAUCCAGAAGGUAGUGGUCAACAGCUCUGUUUGGAUGGAGAUCAGUGACAAGUGGUGUCCCUCAGGGGCCCCUCUUGGGAGCAGUACUGUUUAAUAGCUUCAUCAAUAACCUAAGAUAGUGGAAUCGAGUGCACUCUCAGCAAGUUUGCAGACAACAUUAAACUGAGUGGUGCAGCUGAUGUGCCUGAGGGACUGAGUGCUAUCCAGGGGGACCUGGUCAAGUUGGAGAAGCGGCCCAUGUGAACCUCAUGAGGUUUGAGAAGGCCAAGUGCAAGGUUCUGCAUCAGGGUCAGGGCAAUGCCCAGUAUCAGUACAGGCUGGGGGAGGAAGGGACUGAGAGCUGCCCUGCCAGGAAGGGCUUGGGGGUACUGGUGGAUGAACAGCUGGGCAUGAACCAGCAAUGUGCGCUCGCAGGCCAGAAAGCCAACCGUGUCCUGGGCUGCAUCAAAAGAAGUGUGCUUGGCAGGUCAAGAGAGGUGAUUCCCUCUACUCUGCUCUGGUGAGCCCCACCAGUUCUGCAUCCAGCUCUGGAGCCCCCAGUACAGGAAAGACAUGGACCUGCUAAAGCAGGUCCAAAAGAAGGCCACAAAAAUGAUCAGAGGGAUGGAACACUCUCCUAUGAGUACAGGCUUAGAAGGUUGGGGCUGUUCAGCCUGGAGAAGAGCAGACUCUAGGGAGACCUUAUUGUGGCCUUUCAGUACUUAGAGGGGGCUUAUAGAAAGAUGGGGAGAGAUACUUUUUUUAGUGGGGCCUGUAGUGAUAGGACAAGGGGUGAUGGUUUUAAACUAAAAGACAGUAGAUUUAGACUAGAUACAAGGACAAAACUUUUUACGCUGAGGGUGGUGAAAUGUUGGAACAGGUUGCCCAGAGAGGUGGUAUGGUGGUGUGCUCCUAGGAAGAGUUGGACCAGAUGACCGUUAAAGGUCCCUUCCAAACAAAAUUAUUGUAUGAUUCUGUGUGUUUCUGCCUGUCUUUUCACACAGCCCUGGGGUGAGGCUGUAACCUUCCCCCAGGCAAAGCACUGAUGCCAGCAGGGCUAGUGGAGACCUGAGAAAAGAGCUGCAGGCUGCUGCUGUGUCAAAGCACUGGGUGUAGCUGUGAAUCCUUGUUCAGACCAUUUAUUAAAAAUGGGAUGAUAAUAGGAACUAUAAAAAGCUAUUUUUGCUUCAACACAGACUUCAAUUUUUUCAACUACUAUAAGGCAAAUCAGUGUGACUGAAACAGGAGCCCAAAUAAUCUGUCCCUUGUUCUGUUUUUCUCAAUGUCUGUAACUUCUAGGUUUUUUGUGGAGCGCUGCAUUUUAGGGUUGGAAAAGGUCAAAACGAUCAAAUUCCAACUGAGUUGAGAGAAACAUGAGCUUUAAGAGGGCAUAAGCGACACACUGAUGGGGCUAGAGCUGGGUUCCAAUCUCCUCUGCAAUAAUGUCUUACCAAAGACAGAAACAUAAAUCAGCAUAUGCAGGAGUUCCCCUCGUCUGCUACUAAAAGUGUACAUGCAAGCAAACGCAGCACAGAUCCUGAAGCGGAGAUCUGCAGCAGGGAAGUGGCUUGUUCAUCACCUCCUUAUGCUUCAGGAGAGAGGCCUGAAAUACCCAAGGGGAAACAGUAACACACGUGUUACGUGAAAACUGAAUGAAGGGCCACCGAUAGUGUGCUAUUCAGUAGGCACUAGUCAAUUUGACAGAACUGUGGCUUUGUCAGGCAGAUGUAACUAGGCAUAUCUGCUAGAUGUUUCAGUUCCUUGCUUACCUGUCCUUGAUAAGAUGCUCUCUUUCAAAAUACCAAAUCCUUAAUAUAAACCCAGCAAAUUUAAUGGAUAGGCAGUUUUGCAACUGGUAAAAGGGGUAACUAUUUUGUUACUCGUGUUUAUGCAUGCAUGGCUUUGAACAGAACUGGUGGCCAGCUAGCUAAAGAAAGGUGCGUGCCACAUGAUGAUUACAAAGAGAAUCUUCUGCACUGUGUAGUUAAAUCACUGAUGCUUCCCUUUGACCACAGUUCCUGGACUACUAACCUCAACAAAAUCUAAUUAGAACAACACAACAGCCACAGAAUAAGCUUGUCAAAGGGCACGUGCUUAUUAUAAAGUGCUGUUGCCCUUUGUGAGUCACAGUCUCUAUAAAACUUGCAAAUAACCUUGCAAAGCAACAGCAAGGCUUAAAUAUCAGCUUUGC